AUGGAAGUGGAGAACCAGACUCGGGUCAGCCAGUUCAUUCUAGUGGGGUUCCCUGGGAGUCCAGGCAUGCGUGCGUCUGUGUUCCUUCUGUUCCUGGUGGCCUAUAUUCUGACCAUGGCAGAAAACGUGAUCAUCAUCCUAUUGGUGCAGCAGAACCGGCCGCUGCACAAGCCUAUGUACUUCUUCCUGGCCAACCUGUCCUUCCUGGAGACCUGGUACAUCUCCGUGACGGUGCCCAAGUUGCUGUUUAGUUUCUGGUCCAGCAAUAACAGCAUCUCCUUCACUCACUGCAUGAUACAGCUUUACUUCUUCAUCGCGCUCAUGUGCACAGAAUGUGUGCUCCUGGCCGCCAUGGCCUAUGACCGCUACGUGGCCAUCUGCCGUCCGCUCCACUACCCCACCAUCAUGAGACACGGACUCUGCUUCCGUCUGGCUCUUGGCUCCUGGGCCAUUGGUUUUGGAAUCUCCUUGGCUAAGAUCUAUUUCAUCUCCCGCCUCAGCUUCUGUGGCCCCAAUGUCAUCAAUCACUUCUUCUGUGACAUCUCUCCAGUGCUCAACCUCUCCUGUACAGACAUGUCCAUAGCGGAGCUGGUGGACUUUGUCUUGGCCCUAGUCAUCUUCCUGUUUCCCCUCUCAAUCACUGUCCUGUCCUAUGGGUGCAUUCUGGUCACUGUUCUACGCAUGCCCACAGGAAAGCAGAAGGCGUUCUCCACCUGUGGCUCCCACCUCGUGGUGGUCACCAUCUUCUAUUCGGCUACUAUUUUCAUGUACGCCCGCCCCCGAGCCAUCCAUGCCUUCAACAUGAACAAAGUUAUUUCUAUCUUCUACGCCAUCGUCACCCCUGCUCUCAACCCUUUCAUUUAUUGUCUAAGGAACCGAGAGUUCAAAGAAGCUCUGAAGAAACUAACCAAUUGCCAGGCUGCCCGAUCUAACUAG